AUGGCCAAGGCCAUGACGGGCAACCGCUCGACCUUGGCUUCGGUGUUGCAGCGCGUCGUCGGCUUGGAUAGCGCCAGCCUGGCGCUUCUUUUGGAAGGCAGCCGCAAUCCUAGAGGACCAAGGCUUGCAGGCGCGGCCAAGGGGGAGGACAGCCGCUUCGGCUGGGAUGUUGUGGUGUUGGCCGACAUAUAUGACGACGGCAAGUUGCCGCAAGUCGUAGCACCGGGCUACUUUGGCCAGGGUCCAGCGCUGCUCAUCCCAAGGCAAACCGAUGUGCUGGCGUGGCUCGAGGCGUUGGCCUCGGCCAUGGAGGUGGCCGACCAGGCCGAGGCCAUGUUGAUGCAAUUGGACGGCUUGGCCAUGGACACCUCGUCGCAUUCUUUGUCGGCCUUCAAGGACGCCAUGGAAUUGCUCGCAGAGGCACUCGACCGAGCCUUCGCGACACGCAACGGCGUGGCGCUCAACGCCGCGCUGCGCCACAGCGACAUGUUUCUUGGCUGGGUCCGACUAAGAAACGGCGAUGGGACACCGAGGAGGCCCAAAGUCGACGACUACGCCGACGAGGAGUGGAAGCGAUUGUGCGAAUCCUUGGUCGUCAUACAACCGCGCCAGGCGGGCUGGGAUCUCGACCCUUUGCGGCUGCUAGUGGCGGACUGGCUAAGCGCGCGCGACUCGAACGCGUUCAGCGACUUGUGGCGGUCUGCCGAGGACCCCAGGGACACCGAGUUCCACACAAGCAUGGUGCGCUUCGUGAUCGCCAUGCAGGCUCUGGUCGCCAGUCUGCAAGUCGACUGUCGAAUGGUGGAACGGCUCAUGGACGCGGGACUCACGCGCGUGCAAGUCCACCGUUUCUUCAGCAUCAUCGAAGCCUGGAUGCAAAUCAACGCCUCACCACACCACCCGCUGUCCUACAUCCAGACCGAGACGCAGUCAAAGUGGAUUGACGAGUUUCAUUCCUGCAAGCGCAGCCCCUUGGCCAUCUACCUGGCCCAGGACCAACCGGCCCAUGUGUCGGAGGAGGCGUGGCAGGCCCUCGAGCUCGCCCAGCGUCUCCAGUCUGACAUUGUUGAGCGCUUUGCGUCCAAACUGCAACGCUCGUACUCGAUCCUGUUCCUCUUUGACGACGAUCCGGGCACCAACUCCUCCCGCUCAUCUGACGACGACUACAGCAGCGAGGACGAAGAGGAAGAGGAUGACGACGAGCCAUCAGAGUUUGUUGACUGA